AUGGCUCUCCAACAUGGUGUGACACAUUUGGUAUUGAGUGCAUUUGGAUGUGGAGCGUAUCGAAAUCCUCCUCAACAUGUUGCUCAAUUAUUUAAACAAGUAUUAAUGCAAGAAUAUGAUGGAAAAUUUUCACAAGUGAUUUUUGCCAUUUAUAAUGAUGCCAAUGCUAUGAGAAGAGGAGAUGGAGGAAAUGUGGAACCUUUUGAAAAGGAAUUUGGAAUUAAGGCGAGUGUGUUUAAGGAACAAUGA